AUGCCUUCGUCAGACUCCGAGUCCGACUACUUCGACAAUGACUUUGUAGUGCCCAGCACUCCCGACGGUGAUGUGUCUACGCGCCCAGUCAAACGGCGUCGCGUACAAUCGCCCUCGCGCGGGGAAGACCGUGAUAAUGACGAGGGUGUCUCCGAGACCGAUUCAUUCUCCGAUUUCGAUGAGGAUCUCCCGCACUACCGCGAGACUUCGGAAGCCUACGAGGAGCGGCAAGCACGAUCGAAGUCUCGGAGCUUCGUGCCCAAAAAAAGCAACUUCCAAGAGAACAUGUUUGUUACGCAACUCACACAACCCGACUCCAGCCCCGAACGAAUUCGCGGCCCCCGGUGGAAGAAGCCAGAUCCUGAUCCGCCAUCUCACCCACCCAUGGCUCCUCCCGCGCCUCCAGUCCCCCCGGCGAAUGCGACGAGGCGACCAUCUAAUAACUACUACGACGACGAGGAAGAGCUGAGAGCGGCGUUGGCAGCAUCACUGGACGCAUUUGAGGAAGAGAAGUCAUUCAGAGUCGCACCGAACCCCAGUGGAUCAAAAAACACUGGCACGCCUCAAACCAUGUGUUCACAUGAGCAGAAGAACAAUUCGAUGGAUGUCUCGUUCGAGUUGGAGGACAUACCGGAGGACGCGUUCGACUCUUCGCCGGCUCUCUCGCCGGUGUCAUGCCCAGCCCAGCCAGCUACCUUUCACUCCAGCGCUUCGAGACGGCCGAACCGACCGCAGAGUCUCCGACAAACAACUCUCUUCGGCAUGACUGCCCAGAGCGAACCACCAAUGCCGCGAGAAGAAGAUUUCGCUCCACCCCAGAAAGUUGAGCCCCCAACGCAGCAUAAAUUGAUACAAGAUGCGCUCGGCACGUGGUGGUAUCCGACAAAUCUGGGCAACAUCCGAGACUACCAAUUCAAUAUCACCCAAAAAGGCCUAUAUCACAAUCUACUGGUAGCCUUGCCAACAGGUUUGGGAAAGACUUUCAUUGCGGCAACGAUUAUGCUCAACUGGUUCCGAUGGACUACGGAUUCCCAAAUCAUUUUCGUGGCUCCCACAAAGCCACUGGUUUCACAGCAGGUAUCAGCGUGUUUGGACAUUGCUGGCAUCCCACGGUCCCAGACAACCAUGCUUACUGGAGGUGCACCACCUGGACUUCGGGCAGAAGAGUGGCAAUCUAAGCGAGUUUUUUUCAUGACACCUCAGACAUUAAUAAACGAUUUGAAGACCGGCAUCGCAGAUCCAAAGCGCAUUGUCUUGCUGGUUGUGGACGAAGCUCAUCGUGCUACUGGAGGCUACGCCUACGUCGAAGUGGUCAAGUUUCUGCGACGCUACAACAAGAGCUUCCGUGUCCUCGCGCUGACCGCUACGCCUGGCUCUACUGUGGAAUCAGUACAGGCGGUAAUUGAUGGCCUUGACAUUUCACGAGUGGAAAUUCGCACGGAAAAUUCAAUUGAUAUUCGGGACUACGUUCAUUCUCGGAAUAUCGAAAUCGAGACGUUCGAAAACUCGGAUGAGAUGCUCUUCUGCAUGGAUCUCUUAUCUACAACCUUGCGACCUCUGGUGGAACAGCUUCGAACGAUGAAUGCGUAUUGGGGCAGGGACCCGAUGGGCCUGACGGCAUAUGGUCUUACGAAAGCGAGACAGCAGUGGAUGAUGUCCGAUGCAGGCCGAAAUGCCAACUUUGGACUCAAGGGCAAGGUGAAUGCUAUUUUCACCGUGCUUGCUAGCUUGGCUCAUGCCAUUGACUUGUUGAAAUUUCACGGGAUCGUCCCUUUCUAUCGACACAUUCAGCAUUUCAAGUCGAAUACCGACGGACAGAAGGGCGGAAAGUGGCAAAAGCAGGUUGUCCAAGACGAGAGUUUCAAGAAGCUCAUUAGCCAUCUCGAACCCUGGUCCAAAAACCCGGAAUUUAUUGGCCAUCCUAAAUUGGAGUAUCUCAAAUCCGUCAUCUUAAAUCACUUCAUGGAUGCAGGCGAAGGGAAAGAAAAUGUCGACGGCAACGGUCAGCCUGCCACACGUGCCAUGAUUUUCGUGCAUUUCCGCGACAGCGCCGAAGAGGUGACCAGAGUGCUGAAGAGAUACGAACCCAUGGUUCGGCCACAUGUUUUCGUGGGCCAAAGUAGCGCCAAGGGCUCCGAGGGAAUGGACCAGAAAACCCAGCUUAAGAUCAUUCAAGACUUCAAAAAAGGGACGUACAACACCAUCGUCGCCACAUCCAUUGGUGAAGAAGGAUUGGAUAUUGGUGAAGUGGAUCUUAUCGUAUGUUACGACUCUUCAGCAUCGCCAAUUCGCAUGCUGCAACGAAUGGGCCGAACGGGCCGUAAGAGAGCCGGAAAUAUCACCUUGCUCCUUAUGAAGGGCAAGGAGGAAGACUCGUACACCAAGGCCAAGGACAACUACGAGAAGAUGCAGCAGAUGAUCGCCAGUGGCUCUCGCUUUACGUUCCAUGACGAUCGAUCCGCUCGCAUCUUACCUGCAGGAGUACGCCCAGUCGCCGACAAGCGGAUCAUCGACAUCCCUCUAGAGAACUCCCAAAGAGAGCUCCCCGAGCCGAAGCGCAAAGGACGCGCGCCCAAACGACCACCGAAGAAGUUUCACAUGCCAGACGAUGUGGAGACUGGAUUUACACGAGCAUCGACCCUGGAAGCCAGUUUCAAUAAGGCCAAUCGGAAGAAAGCUGCCCCCAAGAAGCGAGCCCGCACUCCUACACCGGAACCAGUCGAUGUCCCGCCUCUGGAUGAAGUGAUUCUCAAUCCUAAGGAGCAGCGAGAGCUCGAGCAUCACUAUCAAAACAUCGGAGACACCUCGCCGCAGUUCAUUAGUGUUCCGCGGAAUGAUGCAUUUCCGCAUCUACAGCUUGUUUCGAGACCGACCAAGACUGUUCAACAUGGCUCCCUCACCCGCCGAAUGAUUGAAGCCCUGCAAAAGAUGAACCAGGCCCGUCCUGAGUGCGAGGAUCAUUACAAGCGGAUCCUGGCCCGCAAACCCAUCAAACCUAAAAAGAGUUCAACGACGGAGCGUCGACGCAGCAAUAAAUUAACAAAGUCAUCGAAGAACUCUUCUCACCGGCUCUCAGCCCCAGCAGGCAUUGAUUCUGAGGCAGAGAUCUCCUUGCUAUCCCCCAAACCUUCAGAUUUCACAUCUAAACGGAGACAGUCAUCUCCCCUCUUUGUCAGCGAUUUCGACGAUGAUGGAACCGACUCUAGCCUACCGGAUCUUAGCCUGCUCUUGAGUAGCUCAUCAAAAGCCAAGGCUCGCAAUGAAAGCAGGGAUAUUAUGGAUGAUGACGAUUUAUGGACAUUUUGA